UAUAAAGUCACUUUUCAAGAUACGUAAUACCCGUUCCGGUGUAAAUCUAGUAGUGUUUGUAGCGUUUUGUUUUUUGUAUGCAAAUGAAUUUUUCUGAAUAAGAGAGGUUUUAGCAAGUACAAAAUGAAUCUGUAGUGUACAAAAAACCAAAACAAAAUAUGGCUCUGCCUACUGGAAUUGACGGAUCCGCCAGAAUUAUGUGUCGUUUGCGGAUAUGGGAAUUUUGAAGUAUUACUAGAUAAUCAGCUGUCAUUCUACCGUAAUGGAUACACGUGAAAAAAGACUAUAAAAACCUUAUGAAAUGGAACAAGCUCAUAAAUCUUAGCCAGCGUAAAUUCCCAUUUGGCAACAGCGCUGAUAUAAGUGACUGUCAUAGUCAUCCCGCAUUCAAAAUAUUUUGGAUAGGUAAGCUAUUUUCAUUGUAGUUGUGUUGAUUUGCAAUCAAGUAGAAUGGAAAAAGUGGUUAUUUUUGGCUCUACAGGAAACACAGGAGUAUGUGCAGUAGAGGCAGCGGUAAAGAAAGGUCUGAAUGUGAGGGCAUUUCUGAGGGAUCCCGCAAAACUACCAGACCACUUGAGAAAUAGUGUAGAAGUCGUCCAAGGCAAUGUCUUAAACUACAAAGAUGUACUAAAUGCUAUAAAGAAUGUUACAGCAGUUGUGGUUGUAUUAGGAACUCGCAAUGACUUGAAACCAUCAACAGACAUGAGUGAAGGCCUAAAAAAUAUCAUACAAGCUAUGAAAGAGCUGAGUGUUGAAAUAGUAUCCGUGUGCCUAUCUGCAUUUCUGUUCAGACAGCCUGAAGAAGUGCCAGCUAUUUUUAAAGAUAUUAAUGCUGAUCAUCAAAGGAUGUUGGAUUUAUUAAAAGCAUCAAACUUGAAAUACAUUGCAGUUUUUCCUCCUCAUAUUGCAGACGAACCUGGUACAGACUAUUGCGUGAAGCAUGAUGAGAGUCCUGGCGGGAGAGUUAUCUCAAAGUGGGAUCUGGGACGCUUCUUGGUAGACUGUUUGUCACAACCAGAACAUUAUGGGAAAGUCGUUGGUAUUUGUACCAAGCCAAAUCAGAGUUGAAGUUUCUCCACAGGUCGCAGUUUUCAAAGACUUGUAUUGGUAGUUCUUUUUUAUUUGUCGUUAAUCACCAUAUGAUAAUUCAGAGUUCAUCAAAAGUAAAGUAGCAUUUAAGAAAAAAAUAAUUUCUUGUAAUGUAGCAAAAAAGGUUAUGGUGUAAUUGUUACUAGUUAGAUAAACCAUCGGGAAAAAUUUCACUAUAGUUUGUUGAAAUUGUAUGUUGAUUGCAUCUGCUGUAUAACAUACACGAACGUUUUUUAACUUUUGAAAACAAAUGCAUGGAAUUGAUAAAGAAAAUCAUGUUUGGAUUUACAUUUCUAGACUGUUCUGUCCAAUCAUUCAGUAUAUGUUGACAAAUUAUUGUAUAGAAAUUAUAGUGUUGUCCAGAUUCCUGUGAAACAUCUCGUUAAGUUAACGAUUUUAUUUUAGCGUUUUAUAUAUUUAUAUAGAUGUUUAAUAUUAAACGAUCUAAGAAACA